AUGAGCGAAGCAACACCCUUCUAUCUCGCCAGCAUUGCUCAUGGCCACGUCCUCGCCCGCUCCCCCAAUGGCCAACCCUCCGGCGUCGUCGCCCAAAACCGCGGCGAUCAAGACGCCCCCCAGAAAUGGGUCGCCGAGUCCGCCGACGAGGAGAACGUGAUAGCACUCCGCUGCCUCUCCAAUAAUGAAUACCUCCACGCUAACGGCGGCACAAACUGGUCUACCGUAGGCACGGGCGAGAAGCAAUGGUGGAGGCUCUCCAACAACAACGUCACAGCACCAGGUGCUUGCCAUCUCUCGCCCGUAGACCACCCAGGCGUGUUCCUGAACCACUUCCAAGGGAUCAGAGUGGCGAAGGGUCAGAGCAUGAAGGUGCACAUGUGGCAAUGGGAGCAGCCGAAUGAGUUCUGCUUGACGUGGUAUUUCGUCCCCGCAGACGGGUCAUUUGGUCCGCAAAGCGGCAUUUCCGGUGCUGUGCAGGAGGAAGACAGCAAGACGGAUAUGGCUGCGAAGUUUAAGGAGCUGGAGGACAAGAUUGCGCGACAAGCGGAGAAGCUGGAGGACCAGAAGGCGAAGCUGAAGCAACAUACCGAGAACCGGAAGGAGCAAAAGAAAGAGCCCACAAAGGCGCUACCGCCGCCACAAGCAAAGAUUACCGUGCCAGCUACGAAUGGGGUGACGGACAAAGUGAAGAAAGACGAAUGUAAGCAUGUGGUGCUUCCACCGCCGAGGAAGAUUCGGAGGAAGGUUGUCGGGAUUGUGUACGCGCAGUGA